AUGAGCGGAGAGGAGGAAAAGCCCGCCCUGGAGCAGUUUGGUGUCGACCUGACAGCUCGUGCGCGCGAUGGCAAGCUCGACCCCGUCAUUGGUCGCGACGCUGAAAUUCAACGAACAAUUCAAAUUCUAUCGAGACGAACCAAAAACAACCCAGUGCUGAUUGGCAACGCCGGUACCGGAAAGACGGCUGUUCUGGAAGGGCUGGCGCAGCGCAUCAUUCAAGGCGACGUCCCCGAAAGCAUAAAGAACAAACGAGUCAUCAGUUUGGACCUAGGCUCCCUCAUUGCCGGUGCCAAAUUUCGCGGCGACUUCGAGGAGCGUUUGAAAAAGGUGCUUGACGAAGUACAAAAAGCUGAAGGCGAAGUCAUUCUCUUCAUCGAUGAGCUGCAUACUCUGCUGGGUCUCGGAAAGGCAGAGGGCUCCAUUGAUGCCUCCAACCUGCUGAAGCCCGCACUGGCUCGUGGCGAGUUGCAGUGCUGUGGCGCCACGACACUUACUGAAUAUCGACAAAUUGAAAAGGAUGUUGCUCUGGCCCGACGAUUCCAGCCCAUCAUUGUCAACGAACCGACUGUGGAAGACACAAUCAGCAUUCUGCGAGGCAUCAAAGACAAGUACGAAGUGCAUCACGGUGUUCGCAUCACCGACGGUGCCCUUGUAGCUGCUGCCUCGCUAUCAAACCGCUAUAUUACCGAUCGUUUCCUGCCAGACAAGGCGAUCGACCUUAUGGACGAAGCUGCCAGUCACUUGAAGCUGCAGCAUGAGUCUAAGCCGGAGGACAUUAUGCGCCUCGACCACAAGAUCAUGACCAUACAGAUCGAACUGGAGAGUCUGCGCAAGGAAAAGGACGUCGCCAGCAAAGAGCGCCGAGAAAAGCUGGAGAAAGAACUCAAGAAGUACCACGAAGAAAUAUCCGGGCUUAAUGCCCGAUGGGAUAAGGAAAAGUCGGAGCUUGAUGCUGUCAAGAAGAUUCAAGAAGAUCUUGACAAGGCGCGGUUUGAACUCGAUCAAGCUCAGCGCACCGGAAACUUUGGCCGCGCUUCGGAGCUGCGGUUCGGCGUCAUUCCGGAUCUGGAGCAGAAGCUGCCCUCGGAGCCGGAGCAGGAACAACCGAACGACAGCACCCUCAUCCACGACAGCGUCACCGCUGACGACAUUGGCGCUGUCGUUUCUCGCAUCACCGGCAUCCCUGUCUCCAAGCUGACGUCAGGCCACAUUGAGAAGUUGGUGCACAUGGAGGACAGCCUGCGCGAAGCCGUCAAAGGCCAAGACGACGCCAUCAAGGCCGUCGCCAACGCGGUGCGCCUGCAGCGCGCCGGCCUGAGCGGCGAGAACAAACCGCUCGCAUCCUUUUUCUUCCUCGGCCCGACCGGCGUCGGCAAGACGGAGCUCUGCAAGAAGCUCGCCGCCUUCCUCUUCUCCACCGAGUCGGCCGUCGUGCGCUUCGACAUGUCCGAGUUCCAAGAGAAGCACACCAUCUCGCGCCUCAUCGGCGCGCCGUCGGGCUACGUCGGCUACGACGACGCCGGCCAGCUCACCGAGGCGGUUCGCCGCAAGCCCUACGCUGUGCUGCUCUUUGACGAGUUUGAAAAGGCGCACCGCGACAUCUCCGCCCUCCUCCUGCAGGUCCUCGACGAGGGCUACCUGACGGACGCGCAGGGCCACAAGGUCGACUUCAAGAAUACAAUCAUCGUCCUCACGUCCAACCUCGGCGCCGACAUCCUCGUCGGGCAGGACCCGCUGCACCCGUACAAGGAGGACGCCAACGGCGAGCUGGACCCUUCGGUGCGCGCCGCUGUAAUGGACGUCGUCGGCCACGCCUACCCGCCCGAGUUCCUGAACCGCAUCGACUCGUUCAUCCUGUUCAAGCGGCUCGCGCGGAGUGCCAUUCGCGAAAUCGUGGACAUUCGCCUCAAGGAGCUCCAGCAGCGCCUCGACGAGCGGCGCAUCGUCCUGUCGGUCGGCAACGAGGUCAAGGACUGGCUGGCCGAGCGUGGCUACGAUCCCAAGUUUGGCGCGCGCCCGCUCAACCGUCUCAUAACCAACGAGAUCAGCAACGGCCUCGCGGACCAGAUCAUCCGCGGCAAGCUCAGGAUGGGCGAGACGGCCGAGGUGCGCAUCAAGGACGACAAGACUGGCCUGGAAGUGAUUAAUACAUCGGCGGCGGAGUCAACACCAGCAGCCGAGUCUGGGUGA